UCUCCGGCGCUCCAGGGGCGGGUGGGGUGGGCUGAGCCCGGGCUGCCGCCGCCGCCGCCGCCGCCGCCGCCGCCGGGGAGACGCCGAGAGCGGAGCCGGCGCGGGUCCCGGAGGAGAGCGCAGCCACCGGGCGCUCGGUCCCCGUCCCGGUCGAGGCCAGGGGCGCGCGGCGAUGUGAGCCAUGAGCGCGGCGUGGACGCUGUCCCCGGAGCCGCUGCCGCCGUCGACGGGGCCGCCGGUGGGCGCGGGCCUGGACGCGGAGCAGCGCACGGUGUUCGCCUUCGUGCUGUGCCUGCUCGUGGUGCUGGUGCUGCUGAUGGUGCGCUGCGUGCGCAUCCUGCUCGACCCCUACAGCCGCAUGCCCGCCUCGUCCUGGACCGACCACAAGGAGGCGCUCGAGCGCGGGCAGUUCGACUACGCGCUGGUCUGAGCCUGCCGGGGCCUCCCUCCCAGGGCCCACCCGACGGGGGCGCCGCCUGGCAGGGACGGCGCUCGGCACCCCGCCCCGCAGCCUAGCCCGAGGGGGAGGGCGGCAGAGGUCCGGCUCCUCCCCCUCCGACCCCUCCCAUCUUUCCUCCCGGCCUGGCCGGAGCCCCCACUUCGUGCCUUCAUCCCGCCCCGUCCUCGCUCCGUAACUGGGAAGAGGACCCCCACCCCGCAGCCCCCGGCAUACGUAGAGGUGGCUUUGCUCUUGUCCUGCCGCCGCCGAGCAUGAGUGUCAUGUCCGUCCCCGGAUGCGGGGGACCCCCGUGGCCCCCCUCCCCCCCCGUGGUCUGGCCACCCUCACGCCUCCGCCCCCGCCCCCCCCUUAAGUGUUGAGCUGCUCCGGCGGGCGGGCAGGCUCUCCUGCGCCCGCGGGGUGGACGCCGCCUACCAACAUGCCCUGCACGGCCUGCCCGGGAGACUGGGGAGACUGGGGAGAUGGGACAGCACCAGCGGCCGUCGUGUCCAGGACGCGCGGCGCCCUCGCUGGGAGGAGAGUGCGGGCAGGUUCUGUGCCGCCCCAGCCCAGGUCGGCGCCCCUCCCCCAGUCCCCGCCUCUGCUCCCCCCUGGUCCUCCCGCCGCGUCCCCCUGAUGCCUUCUCCUGUCGCCGCCGCCGAGGCCUUCCCCGUGCCUCCUCCUGCCUCCCUGCCUCUGAGCCGACGGUGUCAAUAAAAGCUAUUAUUGAGCGCUUA